UCCCCCCUCUACAUUGUUUUGAGGGGUUAUCAUCUCACCCAGUCAGGGCUGCUUCGCUUUAAAAAAAAAAAUAAGUUUUUGAUGAAUGUGGUGAUACGGAGAAGUUAAGGAUACAGACAACAUCCAUUCGGUGGAUGUUUUGUUUUGUCUUUUGACAGAAGUGCGUGUGGGAUAAUUUUUAUCUUCGGGGUCCUUGUGGACCGGAAAGAUUUUUGCGUUUGCGUGUCGGUUGCGAUUUUCUCGGAAGAUUUGUCUUGACACUUGGUUUGGUUGUGCCACCGCCGACAGAUUGUCGGGAGUGGGAGGUUCUUCGGCUAGAAAACUGACUCGGUGGGACGGGAUGUGUCAAGGCUUGAUUAUAUGAAUGGUACCUACUGCUGGUAACUAGACGACUAAGUGGGGUAUUAUCAUCAUCAGAGCAGCUCUACUAACCAGGUUCAGCGUAGAGCUGCAGGUAAACGGCAAAAGUUUGCAAGCGCGCGCGAGUAUUGAUGGGGUCUCAGGGCUACUGACUUUGCUGAUACAGAGAACGCGAGAAGUGUUGCGAUUUAGCCUUAAGGUGUGCUAUGGACGGCUGUUGUAGUCUCAAGGCUUUUUUCGGAGACCGGGUCGUUGUUUUAGUGGCUGUCUUUUUUUUUUGUAUUAACUUGAGGCGGUCUUUGGGGACAGGUUUUUUUUCAUUCUCUUAAAUUGAAAAAAACGACGGCAGCCUCAGAGAUUCGAUACCGCGGUGUUGUCCCAGUGCAAGGUUUUUUUUUUCUUGUGCUUCAUUACUUGCGCUCAUGGGCAAGUAAAUUCGCGUAUUACUCAUAUGCCUAUGUUUCGAUUUUUGGAGCAUUCCCGAGCGAUUUGGUGCGCCUGAAUUCGGCUGUGGUGGGUGUCCAGACAUUGGCGUAGUCGGAUCUCUCGCCGUCGUGCUUUACUGUGUGUAGGAGGCACGCAGAGAGGGCGCCCAAUCCAGUUGUGCUGUGCUAGUCAUCCUGGCCGGAGUGCUUUUGGAGACUUUUUUUUAUCAUUGUGCUUCAGCCUGAUAAGAGGUACCUUGAGACGGAACCUUGCAACAGCUCGAGCGUUGUUGUUCAGAGUUAAGUGCAUCGCAGCUAGGGAAGUUGAGAUAUUCGUGGAACUGGCUACGCAUUAAGGCUUAAGUGUUUUCCGAUGUACGUGGGCAUUAAUCUACGAAAAUGCAUGCUUCGUAAUUGAAGUUGGCAAAAAAUUGUGAUUCUUUUUUUCCGGUUGCUUGAGAUUGCACUCGUGAGUGACCUAGUUGUUAGUUUACAACGGAGCAGAACCUCUGGAGAAGAGAGUUCGCGUGAAACCGAAAAGCGUGAGAGUUCUCCUAGCAAGCCCUGAGCGAGCAGAGCCGAAAAGCACUGACCGAGUGAGAAGAUGUUUGUAAUGUGUUGAUUUUUUCGCUGUGUCUCUAGCUAGUUGCGCUGCAAGCCCUAAUUGCGAUUUCAAUAACACAGAAGUAUCCAGUUGAAAUUCUUCUAUUCAGUCAUUCAUUCAUUUGUUUAUGCUGAGAGUGGAAGAAAUUGUUGCUUGCUGCUGGCUGACGCAAAAAUCGCCAUAUCCAGAUCUAAUUCCUUGAGAUAUUGGCUCGGUUGGAAGAAAAUAGAGGCUGAAUCGGUGAAGCAUCAGCUGGGUGAAUGGUGAAGUGAGGAGCUGCUUCAAGUGUUACAAUAAAUAUGAGUCAAUUUAGCUUUUUUAGUUAAGUAUUUCCAUGUAUUUUUUCAGAAGCUACCAGUGAUGAUCCAGGAAAAUUGAUUGUGUAAUUUAGUGUGAAUUUUCUUGAUUCGGUCCCUGAGGAAAUCUGCGGAUAGCUCCUUUGAGACUUUGAAGAUCGGUGUCAACUGAGGAUAAUUAUUGUCAUUAUACGAAUGUAUCACGGCGAUAUGCUAGCGUAAAACAUCCCUUGUGGCGUUCGGAAAAAAUCUUGGGAAUCCACUUGUUGUCAUUAUUGUUGUUACCAUUAUUAUUGCUCUUUGGGUGGAAAAGCGGAAACAAGAGAAAGAGCGCGAGAGUGUGGAAAAGCGUGCUCCAAGUGUCCUCACAGUAAGGAGCAAGUUCGGGGGGAGUCGGAGAAGAGCCGGAAAAAAGGAAAUGCUCCCAGCAGGGCCAAAGUGUUAAAAAGUUUAUUUGUUGUGCGGUUUUCCAAAGCCGUCGCUGCUGCUCCACUUUGUGUUUGUGUGUCUGUGUGGUCUCCUUCAAGUGGCACUAGGGGGUGGUGAAAAAUUUACCCAUCACAACCCACCGAAGUACCAUCAAAGCAAUCACUGCUGCUUCGCGCGACAGCGGCGGAUUCUUGUGGAGCUUGGUAACAAAACACAUCCUUGGCAACCGGAGAGCAGUCGGCAGCAGAGUUGUCAGGCGAGCACAGAAAAAAAGAGACCCGGUUUUCGCGUGUUCUCCCUCGAUCUAACGAACGAUAACAACACCAUACAGGAAGAGCCAAGAUGGCGGACCUGGAAGCAGUGCUGGCCGAUGUCAGCUAUCUGAUGGCGAUGGAGAAAUCCAAAUGCAUGCCGGCGGCCCGAGCCAGCAAGAAGAUUAUCCUCCCGGAUCCAAGUGUUCGAAGUGUGAUGCACAAAUAUCUGGAAAAGGAGAACGAGGUGAACUUCGACAAAAUCUUCAACCAAGUGCUAGGAUACCUUCUAUUCAGAGACUUUUGCGACAACAUCUCAGACGAACCAGUGCCACAUUUAAAAUUCUACGAGGAGAUCAAAGCCUACGAAAAGACAGAAUGCCACGACGAGCGAAGGAAACAGGCCAGGGAUAUCUACGACAAUUUUAUAAUGAAAGAAAUGCUAUCCCACACACACGAAUACUCGAAAGAGGCGGUGGCGCACGUGCAAAAGUAUCUGAUGAAGAACGAGGUCCCGGUGAAUCUGUUCGAGCCCUACAUCGAGGAAAUCUUCCACCAUCUGCGGGGCGAGCCGUUUCGGAAGUUCCUCGAGAGUGACAAGUACACCCGCUUCUGCCAGUGGAAGAACCUGGAGCUCAACAUUCAGUUAACCAUGAACGACUUCAGCGUGCACCGGAUAAUCGGGCGGGGCGGAUUCGGCGAAGUUUACGGCUGCCGGAAGGCCGACACCGGCAAGAUGUACGCCAUGAAGUGUCUGGACAAGAAGCGCAUCAAGAUGAAACAGGGCGAAACGCUGGCACUCAAUGAGCGAACGAUGCUGUCGCUAGUCAGUACGGGGGUCGACUGCCCGUUCAUCGUCUGCAUGACGUACGCGUUCCACACCCCGGACAAGCUCUGCUUCAUCCUGGACCUCAUGAAUGGGGGCGAUCUGCACUAUCACCUGUCCCAGCACGGCGUCUUCAACGAGUCGGACAUGAAGUUUUAUGCGGCGGAAGUCAUCCUCGGGCUGGAACACAUGCACAAACGGUACAUCGUGUACCGGGACCUCAAACCUGCCAACAUCCUGCUGGACGAGAAUGGGCACGUACGCAUCUCCGAUCUCGGCCUCGCCUGCGAUUUCAGCAAAAAGAAACCUCACGCCUCGGUCGGCACCCACGGCUACAUGGCACCGGAAGUGCUCUCCAAGGGAACCCCCUACGACUCCAGUGCCGAUUGGUUCAGCUUCGGCUGCAUGCUUUACAAACUGCUGAAGGGUCAUUCACCUUUCCGGCAGCACAAAACCAAGGACAAGCACGAGAUCGACCGGAUGACGCUCACAAUGAACGUUGAGCUGCCGGAGUCGUUUAGCAAGGAACUGAGAGAUUUGCUGGAAGGACUUCUCCAGCGGGAUAUCGAUAAACGAUUAGGCUGUAAAGGUGGAGGAAAUCCAUCCAUCAGGGCGGACGAAGUAAAGGCACACCCAUUCUUCACCGGAAUCGACUGGAACCAGGUGUACUACCAGAAGUAUACACCCCCGCUGAUACCGCCCCGGGGGGAGGUCAACGCAGCGGAUGCCUUCGAUAUCGGCUCAUUUGACGAGGAGGACACCAAAGGUAUCAAACUGACUGAACAGGAUCAGGAGCUUUACAAAUACUUCCCACUGACGAUCUCGGAAAGAUGGCAGCAGGAGGUAGCGGAAACAGUAUUCGAAACCGUCAACCAAGAGGCGGACCGGGUGGAGCAGAAGCGGAAAGCCAAACAGAAGCAGCGAUUCGACGCGGACGAGAAGGACUCCGACUGCAUACUGCACGGGUAUAUCAAGAAGUACAGCGGUUCCUUCGCGUCGGUCUGGCAGACCCGGUACGCUAAACUGUAUCCCAAUAGGUUAGAACUGCACACCGAGAGCAGUAGCACGAAACCGGAGCUGGUGUUCAUGGAUCAGAUCGAGGAGGUUGCCCAGGACUAUGUGCAAUUUAAGAACGAACAGUGUAUACAGAUUCGGUUCCGGGAUGGAAUUCGCGACGGCAAACUGAUCCUCACCAUGUCGGACGAAAUCGGUCUCAAGGAGUGGUCCCUAUCGCUGCGGGCAGCCCACAAGGAGAGCCAGGAGCUACUGGGCUCGAUGGCCAAGAAGGCCGGCAAGAUCUACGGCACUGAGCGGGACGCCUCCAAAGCCAACGUCCUCCUGAACAACUCCUCGGCCGCACCAGCAACGGUCAACAACAAUGCCUCCUCAACGGCAGCAGCCAUCAACAACUCCACCGCCGCCGGUCAAAAGAACGCCAACGGGUCGUCCAACUAGCGGUUACUGUUGCGAUCUCGGUCCUGUUUCAUAGAACCGAGUCGUCUGAAGGAACCCCUGAUGAAGAUGAAGUGCAAGGACACCUAAGAAGCGGCGACGUUGCCGGCAUCAUCAUUAACGUCAGGAGACCAAAAAAACGUUCUUAUCGUUUUUUGGUAGAGCUUUGUUUGAUUUGAGUUAGGUUGUUUCCUUCAGGACUACUGAAAAUUUCGAUGGAAUUAUUGUUUACCGAAAUUUUCGGUAGUUCUAACGAUUCGGUUACCUUCGAAUUUAUUGAGGAGUUUAGUCGCGAUUCCGGGAACACGGGUUCUCGAGGACAAUUUUAAGCUGUGAAAGCGCUUAAAAAAGAGAAAGGGAGACGCAACAAGUAGCGUGUUUAGUUUAGCCUCUAUUUUGAAUUUCCAACCUUCUUUCGUUGGGAGCCUCCUUUUCUAAAAUAAAAAAAAACCACUGAAAAAACGGGUAAAGUUUCGAACAACAGUAUAAAAGAGAGAGAAUGAGCGAUAACAAAAAAAAAAUUACUUAUAUUGAUAGAAAAAGCUGUACAACAAAUUAUAUACUGAUGAUUAAGCAAAAAAAACUGAACAUUUUUCGGAUCGAGCAAAACCAAAAAAAAAUCGGCAGUGAAACAAUGAAAGAAAAAUGCUAACCGUAUUACACUGUUAUUUGGGUGCAAAAUUUUUAAGGCGGGACUGCGCGAAAAGAGGAACGUCAAAUGUGGGCUUGAACAUGUCAAUGAGUGUACUAGGACAGUGAUAUAACAAGUUGGAUGAGGAAAAAUUAUUAGACUAUUUGAAAAAUACUGAUUUUGAAGGAUUCGUGAAGUUUUUCUUUAAAAAAAACCUUCAAUGGAAAUUUCAAAGAUUUAGACCCAUUUCAUUAAAGACUUUCAAUAGUUUUUGUGUAGUUUUUACUCCAAUUUAUUGGAUUCUUACAUUUGAAAUUUGAAUUCUAAGUUUCAGGACUUAAAAAUUGAAUUUGUUCUUGUUCUUGAAGCCAGUAUUUUCCAAAUGGAUUCGAUGGAAAAGUAAAAAAAAAAACCCUCGAUAACUGCAAUCGUCAGCCCCCGAGUCAUCUUUGUAUAGUAAAUAAAUGUGUCAAUUUAGUAUAUCGUACUACUAAUCUGAAUCCCAGGAAACACACUGGUUAAAAAGUAGCUGUGUUCACGCAGGAAAAAUAAUGAAUGAAUAUAAAAACAACAUAAAUAUAGCGUUUAUAAUAGUCAGCGGAAACAAUAAUGAUAAAAGAGGAAACUUAUAUAAAUAAAUUUAUAAUAAAUAAAUAUAUAUAUUUAAAGAAAAUUUAAACUGGAAGGCGAAAGUUGGGGCAAAAAUUGGUCAUCGAUUAGUUUUAUAUGAUUUGACACAGGAAUUAUGACUGUUGAAAUUUUUUCAGUGUAUCAGUGUUGCCAAUUGUACUGAAAAGUUUGCAAAACGUCACAAAAUGUAAUCGGGUAUCAAAUUUUGCACCAAUCUAGGAAGCUAAUCGGCGAGACGAGACGAGACGAGAUUAUUAAAAAAUGUGCGAUGUUUUAGUGACAAAAACAUGCGAACAAAUAGGCGUAAAUAUCCUAAAGUAUUGUUAAAAACAAUCAAAACCACUGAUCGAUCGCAAGGAGUUGUAUAUACAUGAUGUAGUUGUUUUUUACGUUUUUGUGUUCGGUGACAGAUAAAAAAAAGUACACCCCCAAAUAGGAGAAAACAUAGAAGGGAAAAACUGAGAAAAUAUUGGAAGUUUUUUUUAUUUACUGGCAGCGAUCAAAAGUUCAAUCGAUGUAUGUAUUAUGCGGGAUUGAUUUUGAUAAAAUUUGUGCAAUCUACCCAUAAAAAAUUAAGAAAAAAAACUCACAAUGAAUGUUGCCACAAACCCGCCGCCAUUUUUUUCAAACUGAAAAAAACGCAUCAUUUAAACUUGAUCGUGGUAUUUGUGUCACCCAGCCCUGAAAUUUGUACAUGAUAAUGGUGAGAUAGAAUAGUCAGUUAAGGCAGAUCAGAAACGAACAGACGGCAGCAGAGGAAAGCAAACAACAAUAGAACUACGAGAAACCUCCUUUUAGAGAAAAAAAAAACAAGAUAAACUUAAUUGAAACAACCAAACAGAUCAUAUAACAACUAACUAAGAAAAGCCUUUUAUAUGUCUGUCUGUGUAUGUCUCUCUCUUUUCGUGUGUCUGUACGUAUGAAAUGUAUAUUUAGAAACUUUUUAAUAACAAAGAAGAAGUAAGAAAAAACGAUCAGAAACCAGGCAAAACCACAAAAAUCUGAUACACACAACCCGAAUUACUUACACAAAAGCAUAAAUUUGUUGAGACAAAAAAAAAGAUUGUUGUUGUUAGAAGCCAAAUACCAAUUCUAUACUACUAUAACCUAGUGAGAAACUUACUAUAAACAAAACAAAAGAAAAGAAAACACAAAAAAUAAGAGAAGGAGAAAAAAAAACAAACAUUUACCACUAAAAGUGUCAUUUAGUUCCAAGCGAACAGCAGCAGCAAACCUCUUCAUUGUUCGAUUAUAGUUUUCGAUAUGUAUAAGUAGUAGUGAAAUCAAAUUGGCCGGCAUCACUGAAGACGGAGAUCGCGCAUGAAGCAAUAGCAAGUAAACGAUACUACACAGAAACACACAUACACAAAAAUCGGAUAAUUUAGUUCAUAAGCGAGAGAGCAGCCGACGACAGCAGAGAAGAGCAGCAACACUUUUUGAUACCAAUUUACGCUCCGCGACAUUUGCUGUGUGGAUUCUUGUUAAAAAAAACACAACUGAAUAGCCAAAACUGAAAACAAUAAUUUAAAUAUUCAAUUCCAAUCCGUGUGGGCGGAAAGUGUUGUCCGCCCUCAGAAAACCAUCAAUUUCCAUCACGAAACUUUCAAUCUUCCUCGUACACAUUGAUAAAGAGAGAAAAAAGCAAACAAACAACUAAACAAACCCAGCAAAAUCCGUAAGCACGAACAAUCGAUCUAAAAAUUAUUAUAAUAUAAAUCCCACAAACUCACAGAAACAAGUUGAUUGCAAACAAACCCAACUAAAAGAAAGAAGACCGAUUUACUCAAAGGAAUCAUAUAGUCAAAAAAACGAAUAAUAAAAAAACGUUUGCAAAGUUUAAAACAAAAAAGGAACCUAUAGAGAAAGAAAAACUACAGCAAAAAUCCGAAAUACACAUUCAAGUGCGUACACUUUACUGACACACACCAAGCAUUGAUUCAAACUCAACUCAAACGUCGCGUAUACACUCGGACACACCUACCUACACACAUAACAAAAAAAACACACGUUUGUACUUUCUCGUUUUCAUUAACUGUGUAUUGAUCAAAUAGUGAUACUAUCCUUAUUACCGCAAGAGUAUGAAAGAGUAGCGCAGGAAGCGGAGAAACGAAAGCAGCAGUAGGGGAAGAACAGUAGCGAAGCGUUGGAAGCAGGCAAGUAGGAGAGUCUAAUUAAUAAACAAGAGGAAGCAACAAUGGAGAGAAAAAAAUAACAAAAUAAACUGGUCGAGAGGGAAAAAUGAAUCGAGAAACCUGUAAAAA